AUGAAUGAUGGCAUGUCGGCUAGUCAAUCUUCAAAUACCAAUAAUAAUAUGCGCCAAUUGGAAAUUUUCAAAAAUGAAGAUUGGGAUCAUUUAAUUUCCCAAAAUUCCUGCGAAGCUUAUUCCUACUUAUUCAUAAUAUUGUGGGAUUCCACGGGAUUAUCUCAACAUAAAGCCUUGGUUUUUGAUGAUCAAAUGGAGAGGAUGAUUCAUUUAGUCGGGAAGUUAUAUAGAAGGAAAGUUAUAAAUUUCGAUUAUAAAGAUACCAUCAUUUGGUCUCUUCAUGAUUAUAGGCGCCAUAGACUCUCAAACCAACGGAACAAAAGGAAUCGAUUGGUGGAAUUUUCUUGGGAUAGACUAGAAUCGUACGGGUUAAAGAAUCAAGAAAAUUUUCAGAAACAAUUAGAAAAACUAAAGUUGGAUGAUAACAUAAAGUUGCGAAAUAUUGUUUUGGAAAGAAUGGCUCGCCUAAUAAAAGGACCGAAUGAAAAUAAGGUAUCGGAUGAAUUACGUGAAGAGAUAGAGAGUUUAAAAUCUCAAGUUCUCGACUUGCAAAAAGAAAACUCACAAUAUCAAGCGACAUUAGGAAGCUUAACAAGCGUAAAUUUGAAUGACGAUGAUCCCAACAAUGCAGUUCAAAUAGCAAGAAGUAUUCGAACACUGCAGUAUUCCCUUGGAGAUUUAGCCAUGGUCAAAGGUCCUGACUACGAAAUCAACCAAGAGAAAUGUGCAGAACUUUUAGGUCAUUAUAAAUGUUCGGCAACGCCUGAAGAAAGAUUAGUAUUGUCUGGUGCUAUUCAACGGUUGGUCCUUGAUACAAUUUUCGAGGAGACAAAUGGUUAUUUCCGUGAGGUCGAACAACAUCUGAAAAAUUCUCCGUCCGAUUGUAGCGUGGAAGACACCGUUGAAGUAGAUUUAUUUGUAACUUCCGAAAGGUUGGCUGCUGUGACUGAAAAUUUUGACAAACUGCGUCCAGGGAAAGACCUUAUGGCGUCCGUUGCACCUACAAAAAUUCGUCAACAGAUUAAUGCUAUUCUUGGUUCUCGUGCCUUUUCGAAUGAUUCUAAUCGGUUAAUCAUGAAAAUUUCAAAAAUUAUCGUGGAGAAAUUGAAUCACCACCGAAAAAUUCUUGAUGACGAAUUAAAAAAUGAUGAAGAAGGAGAUAUUGUCCAACUUAUUCGUGACAUUAUUCAAUUAUUUUAUUUUAGAUUCAAGGCUCAGCCUAAAAUGAUCGAAUGGAAAUUUUACGAGAACGGAGAUAGUGUGGAUCCCUCGUUCAUGCAGAGUUUAAAGGGAUUUAAGGAUUUAAAGAAACAAAAGGUUGAGAUUUGCAGCUUUCCAGCAAUUUUCAUAUGUGAAGAUGAUGAGGUAAAGAAGGUUAUUUCAAAGGCUCAAAUCAUAGCUGCCUAUAGAGAUUUUUCGUAG